GCCACGACAGUAGGUGGCCGCGGCGAAACGUUUUGGUGUUUGGAAUAAUAAGGAACGUGUGCUUGGACGACGAGGCAGCACUUUUAAUCCGCGUAUGUGACGAGUUAUGGUGAAUGAUGCUUAUUUUGAUGACUUGUUAAAAGGCUGAACUCGUCGACUUUGUCAUGCGGGACAAAUCUCGCGCGCUUUUCUAUUACUGGAUUAGAUUUGAAGUCAAAUAUCGGAAGUUAGUCUGUUACUGCAAAAUUUUUAGGAGUCAAGAGAAAAAAACCAUUUGGUGAAAUAAUUUUUGAGCUGAAAUGUAUUGACAACUAGAUGGUGCCCCAUUCACGGUCCUUCAGAAGCUUGUAACUACGGUGACGAUUUCGGAAAGAGUGAUUUACCCGGACUCGCCUGUGGGGCGGAACUACAAAUACGUAGCUAUUUGUGGUUCUUGGAAAAUUCUAACGGAGGAAUACCUCAGAAGUGUUAUGAGAUAACAAGACGUUAGAAUAAUAAAAUAGUGCUUAUGUUUGAUGAGUUAUUUGCUUACACUUUUUCGAAGAUAUAGAAGUAUACAAGCAUUGUACGUAAAGAAGCAUAAAUAAAGAAUAUGAAGCAGAAAUCUACAGCAACUUUGCAUGCACUGAUAUCAGUGACAUGUAUUCUGAUUAUUUUCGUGAAAUGUUUCUCAGCUUGUCCUAGCAUUUGUUCCUGUAAAUGGAAGAACGGCAAACAGACUGCGGAGUGUGCCGGUCAGGGUUUGACUGUUAUACCAUCAUCUCUAGACGAGGGCACUCAAGUGAUAGAUAUUAGUAGGAACAGUUUCAAUGAAAUUACUAGUCGUGCUUUUCAAAGGAAAGGUUUAGUUAACCUCCAGAAAAUAUUCAUGGCGGAGUGCGGAAUUUCACAUAUUGCCUCCGAUGCAUUUUUUCAGUUGAGUAAUUUAGUGGAGUUGGAUUUAAGCAACAAUAAGUUACAUACUAUUCCGACAGAUGCUUUAGCACAUUGUCCAAACAUCCGACGCUUACAACUUGCGCACAACUCCAUCAAACAAAUAGACAGUGGUGUAUUUUCUUUCCUGUCGCAUUUGACAUAUUUAGGUUUGGCUAACUGUCAAAUUAAACACUUACAACCUGGAGCUUUUAAUGGAUUGAAAAAUAUAGGACUUAUUGAGUUGGAUGGUAAUCAGCUCAGCACGCUGUCUAUAAAAGUUUUCGAAUCUCUUGAGAAUUUAUAUGGGCUUUAUUUGCAUAAUAAUCCUUGGUAUUGUGAUUGCAAAAUUGGCGAAAUUCGUGCAUGGAUGCUGGAUCGCAAUAUUCCUCUGGCUGCCCCCCCUCAUUGUGAAGGACCUCCUCUACUUAAAGGCUCUUCAUGGUAUGGGAUGUCAGUAGAAGAUUUUGCUUGCGCUCCAAAAAUGAUCAGUGUCUCUAAAGAUAUCUCUGCAAUUUUCGGUCAUAAUGCGUCCAUUAUUUGUCACGUCGAUGCAACUCCUAAAGCUUCAAUAUAUUGGGAAAUGGGAGGUAAGAACUUGAAAAAUUUUAGUACUACACCAGAACUGAGAGCAAAGUACAAUAUCGAAACCGAAGGGUCAUCUAAACAAACUAGUGUUCUGACAAUUUAUAACACCAUUGAGAGUGAUGCAGAUACAUAUAUUUGUAUUGCAGAAAACAAAGCUGGAACUUCGUCGAUAAAUUUCACGCUGUCUGUUAUGUGCCCAAAUCACCUGAAUGGUUCUUGGAAUAGUACACAAAUAACUCUUUUGCUCGUCGGAGUGUUAUUUCUUAUAUUAUUAGCAGCGGCCGUUAUAUGCCUACUUGUCUAUCACCCAGUCUGGCUGUCAUUCGGAUGCAAGAUAAACCGAAAGAAUAUGCUUCAGCACCUGUCAUCUAAGAAACAAGACACAGUAGAAAUGAAUGACAUUAGAGAAGAUAAAGAGGAGAAAGAUAUCAAAGUUACUGAUAAACAACCGCGUCAUGAGACUGGCAGUAGUGGGUAUGGAUCUGAUCAAUUGACACCCGAUCUGGUGAGCAAAAUAGCAGAUAUGAAUAAUGGACCGUCUUUAUCGACAUCUACGGUCAGCUGCAAUCAUCUCGAAACUGACAACCCAGUUCUCAUUGAUGGAUACGGAUCAGCGAUUGACCAUUGGCCACUUGGGAAAGGCAAAGCUUCUAGAUAUGAAGCAUCACCGAUACGUAAUAAUGUCUAUUCCGAAAUAUACUUAAAUCCUUGCUAUGGUAAGGAUGAUGAUCCUUAUAACUACGCUUUGCAGGCUGCCGGAGUGCACCACUUACCUGAUUGCGCAGGAGAAAGAUAUAUACCUCAAAACGACAGAGUGCGAACCUUAAGAGGUAGCUACGAAUGUUCUGGGGGGGAUCAAGGCCGAGAGGAAUUUUGCACUAGUCCUGGUCAUGAUGAUGCUUUUAAGAGACACCCAUUAGUGGUAGCUAAUGCCGCAGGUCAUUACACUUUGCCGCCUAAAGCCAGAUUCUCCCCUGAUGAGGGUUACGCUGAGGAAGGUUUGGAGGGCACCGAAGUGUAAUGCUUUAGCAUCGGUAUCAUUUUGUCCGUGAAAUUCCAGCGUGCUGAGAAGAUUUCUUCUAGAAAGCAUGGUAAAAAUUCCUUAAUCCAUGAAGAGACAAAAACUUUACUGCAUAUUAUUCACAGUAUUACCUCCAUUUUUUUUAUUCGAAAUGUCAUAAAAUUCAGAAAUUCGUUAGUUUUUUUUACAAUGAAAGAUGACUAUUUUACCCAUAAUUGCUUGCUUCCUUUGCAUGCAGUAUAUAUCGACGAAGUUGUGAAAUGUAGUCCUAAGACUUUUAUACGGCAAAAUUAUUUCUUUGGAAGCUAAUCAUCUCUUCAUCACUGAAUAACGUAAAUAAAUUCCUUGUUAUCAAAGGACCGUGCGUUGAAUUUUAUACAGGAAUGUAAGAAUUACUACUUGUAUAGUUGUGAUUCUGUCAAUUGAUGUUUAAUUGUGAGCCCUUUAUUCCGAAGUUGAAAAACUAAAGAAAUGUUUUCAUGAAAUCAUUGCUAUUUUGUAUGAAAAGUGGUAUGAAAAUAUAUUUGUUGUAUGCUAUGUAAAAGUGUGUAGAACAGCCCAUUACUGUACACGCAUAAAACAUGUUUGCUUCGUAAAGAUAUUUUUAUGACCGCUGCUGUUACAUGUUGUUGUAUACAAAACUUCUUUUGAAGUCAAACGAUACAAUUGAGAAUUUUUUACGUAUUUAUUAUUUUUAGUACCUAGAACCAUUAAUAAUCAAAAGUGCAUUGAAGUAAAUGCUACGAAACAUAAUAUUCUGCCAUUAUGAACUCUUGUUAUUCAUUUUAAUGAUUGCUUUGUUUCUUCAAACUAUUUAAGCAAUCAAAAAUUUGAAGAAGUUGUACACCACAUAAUUUGAUAUAAAUACACAAUUAAUUCAGCGCGCGUUUACCUAAUUUUGAAGUGUACUUUAUUUUCUUGCUUUGAAUAUGAAAAUGUUUAAUCAUUGUAAUGAAAAUGAUUCUGGAGUAUACUGAACAGAUGCUACUUAAAUCCUUUUGCUAUUUAUUAUGAAUUUCACCUUGUGUCAUUUCAUUUGAUUUGCUUUUACCUUUAACCUGUUUUCCUUUUUCCACUGCACGCAACUACGAACAAAUAUUUUAUUUCUGUAUAUGUGAAGCCUUACCCAUGGUGCUACUUCAAUUGUAUAGAUAAUAUGUUUUACUAAUUAAAUGUGCACGUCUCAGUCAGUAAAAGGCCAUAGCCAGCAUGCUUUGUUUUUAACCUUGUUUUAACGUGAGAAUUGUUCUGAAAUUGUUCAUUAAAAUAUUAAUCAGUUGAAUCUGCUUUUCAUUGUUUAGUAGUAUUAUAACCAGCAAGCAUGAAUAUUUCUCAUGGAUUUAUUUCACAUAUUUGUUUUAUGUAAUCCUUUUAGAAUUCUGUUUUUGAAUUUAUGUUAAGAAAAUUUCAUGUAUAAUUUAUUUUGAAUGGUAAAAGUUGUUUUAGAUAUAUUUUCUAAGUUUUCAAACGCCGCUGACAUGCAGGGUAUAAAUUGAAACUUCUUUUAGAAUAAAGUAAAAAUGUAGGAAAAUAUUUUUUUUUUUCAAUUUAAAUGACUAUUAAUUCCCAAAAACAAAGAAUGGGCAUGGCCAUUAUGUCAAAGUUCAUGCAUAAGCCAAAGACUUUAUAAAUGUUUGUGAAGGUAUGAACAGUGUGCACAGAGUCAUGCCUAUAUUGCACAAUUAUGAGACUCAAAAUAUUUUACCGUUUGUACUUGAAUAUUUGAACCAAAACUUAUAACUAUGAUACGUUAUAUAUCCUAAGACGGGGUAGAAGUUUGUCAGUGUUGGAUAUAAAAUCAUUUUCUUUAUUGUGACACAUGGUACAUGAUCUUUAAACAAAAAUUAUAUUUUAAAAAUACGCCAAAUGACAUUCUACAUCUUAUCUGAAUUCAUGUGAUUAAUGUUAAUAUUUGUAUUAUGAAGAUUACUGUAACACUGAAUCAAAUCUACACUGAAUUUUUUUAAAUGGAGCUUACAACAGUAAUAGCUUUACAUUGUUUCCAAAGUUCGCAGUCCACUAGAAUUUAUUUUUAGUUAUGUAAUAUUUCCUUCGCUUUGGUUCAAGUACAUGCGGUAAUCGAAUUUUUAAACACUUCUUUGAUGAUAUGUGUUGUAUGAUCUCAUUUUAACAUUUUGUAGUGAAUUUUGAAUGUGUCUGUAACAUUUUCUAUGUGACAACAUUAUUAUAGACAAAUGAUUAUCUUUGUCUUUUGAUUAAUAUUCUUAUGCUUGUGGAAACAUGAUAUCUGUAUCGUAUAAUUUAUGUUUUCUAUGUCUAUUUUAGCAGCCUAAUUUUAUUAGAAAUUUUUAACGAGAUAUCUUGUAGUAGUUUGUGCUUUGUUUGUGACAAUGAAAUAAGAGUAAACUGCAUUAUUUAUCUAUGUUUCAGUGUGCAACCGAUCGACAUUACUUUGUUUCCCAUGUGUACAAGUGAUUGAAAAACUGAAAUACAAAACUGCUCAAGUUGAGUCUCUAUUAUUAAAAAA